UGGAGUCCCAAGUCUUCAGUAAACAUGGCCGCUCUCAGCAAGUCCAUACCGCACAGCUGCUAUGAGAUUGGCCACACUUGGAGUACAUCAUGUCCUCUCUCAACACUGCAGGUGACAGCCGGCGCCCUGGAGGUCUCGUUCAAGAUCUACGCGCCGCUGUAUCUUAUUGCUGCCAUCCUAAGAAGAAGGAAAAAAGACUACUACAAGAAGAGGCUAAUCCCUGAGAUCCUGCAGUCUACAUCCUUUCUGACUGCAAAUGGAGGCCUGUACAUUGCCUUUUUCUGCAUACUUAGGAAGCUUUUGGGUGGUUUCAACUCCUGGUCUGCAGGCUUUGGAGCUGCACUGCCCGCUUCAUACAUUGCUAUUCUCAUAGAGCGCAAAAGCAGGAGAGGACUUCUAACAAUAUAUAUGGCAAAUCUGGCCACUGAGACAAUAUUCCGGAUGGCUGUCUCGCGAGGCUAUGUUAAUCCUCUAAAACAUGGAGAGGUUCUACUCUUCUGCCUGACUGCAUCACUUUACAUGUUUUUCUUCAGAUGUAAAGAUGGACUUAAGGGCUUUGCUUUUUCAGCACUAAAGUUUAUUGUAGGAAAGGAGGAGAUCCCCACACAUUCCUGCCAGGCUGAGUUCGCCAGUGCUUCUCGCUCAGAGAGGGCAGCAGUGCUACCCGGUCAUCAGCCAGAGGAGGAACAGGCUUCAUCUCGAGGGAGGGGCAUUGCUGCCUUGACCCGCAGGCUGCUAGACACUCUAUGCAAACAUGGACCCAGACACAGAUGCUGCAAACACUACCAAGACAACUGCAUCUCCUACUGUGUUAAGGGCUUCAUCCGCAUGUUCAGCGUGGGCUACCUCAUCCAGUGCUGUUUGAAGGUUCCAUCAACAUUUAGGCAGGUCUUCACCAAACCCUCUCGCCUCCUAUCGCUGCUCUACAACAAGGAGAAUUUCCAGUUAGGAGCAUUCCUCGGCUCUUUUGUCAGUAUAUACAAGGGAACAAGUUGUUUCUUGAGAUGGGUUCGUAACCUUGAUGAUGAGCUCCAUGCACUCAUAGCAGGUUUUCUCGCUGGCAUGUCCAUGUUCUUCUAUAAGAGCACCACCAUCUCAAUGUACCUCUUCUCUAAGCUGGUGGAGACCAUGUACUUCAAAGGCAUUGAGGCAGGACGCUUCCCCUACUUCCCUGAAGCUGACACAGUAAUCUACGCCAUCUCUACUGCUAUCUGCUUCCAGGCGGCGGUGAUGGAAGUUCAGAAUCUGAGGCCAUCUUACUGGAAGUUUCUGCUGCGGCUGACCAAGGGCAGGUUCGCUCUGAUGAACAGAAAAGUACUUGAUGUGUUUGGGACGGAGGCAUCUAAACACUUUAAAGGCUUCACCCCCAAACUGGACCCCAAAUACAUGCUGGUGCCUCCAGGUGUGGACGUGGCGCUGAGUUAAUGGACCAAGCUGACCUCCCUCUGCUGUGAUGCGCUUAGCCAGAGACCCAAAUAUGUGAGAGUGGAGACACUCUCUCUCUCUCUCUCUCUCUCUCUCUCACUUCAAUCUACAAUCUGUAAUGUGAAUGGCAUCGCUUUGGUUGAGAGCGUAGCGUUUCUGGUGUUGCACUAAAGCAGUAUUAUAUGUUCAUAUUCACUUUUAACUGCUGGGCGUUAAGAAGAAUAAGUUCUUGGAAGAGAUAAUGGCUAUGUUCACACAGCAGGUGAAAGUGGUACAAAUCCAGUUUUCUCAGCAAAUCUGAUGUUUAUUUUAGGCUGUUUUCACUAUAUUUUUUCACUAUAAUGUGACUGAUAUCUAACAUUUGUGUGCACAAGCUUCACGUGAAAUUUCCUUUUCAUCCUUGCCUUAAUCAGAGGAGCUAGUUCAGAAGAGGUUCAGGUAAACAGCUUGGCUGAUCACCAGAGUUAUUUGCUUGAGCAGAUGUAUUUUCUUUAAACCUUUUUAUUUUUUAAAAAUGAUUUUUAUUUUCCUUUUAUGUUGCAGUCACGUCCUGAGAGCAUGUUUGGUCAUUUCAUUAGAAACACUAAGCAGUUGUGACGCAUCCUUAAUAUCCUAAUAUUAUUGGGAAAGAGACAUCAUGCUUUAACCUCAUUAUUCCACCAAUGAAAGAAACCCUUAUUCACACAGCUGUCGUCCAUAUUUCCUUUCUCCUCAUAUUCUUUUAUAUUACUUCUUUGUCUUCAGAUUCAGAGUUUUUUAUUUUAUUUUAUUUUUUCCCUUCUGUUCACACUGCCACACAAACACAUCUUUCUCACACGUCAAAAAUAAAAGAUCUGGGCCACAUUUACCUCCUGUAUGAACACAGCCAACGUUUCAAACAUUGCGACCAUUGUUUACUUUUAUGGCACUAAGUAUAAAAGCCUUUCAUCACUCAAUCACAGUUGCUACAAGUGAGAUAUGGAGACCAUACAUAGCUGGUGGUUGAAAUGAUGAGACCCUGUCCCUGACAAAGUUGCCUUAAUGGGCAAAGAGAAUAUAAUAAGCAAACGUUUGUAAUUUAGGCUGAUUUAAAAAUGACAUUCAAGCAUAGGAACGUAUGACUCACUUCUUAAAGUUCUGCCUCUGGCUGCUCUUUGAAACAAUUUGGACGUUCUUUUGAAGUUUCAUUUCAAAAGAGAAGUCAGUAGGUGAGGAAACAUACUUGGCGAUGGUGUCAGAAAUGUGUAAAACCAGGUCUUACUUACAUCAGGGUUUCUUUUUUUAUUUUAUUUUUACUUUUUCUUUUGCUAGAGAGCAAACUGACAUUUCAGCAGAGCACACGUUUUACUCUAAUUUUAAAAAGGUUGUACCCCAAGAUCUAAAUUUGUUAGGGUAUUUAUGAAAGAGAGUAAGCAGGUUAAUGUAAUUUUUGGUGUGAAUUCAAAUAUCAGACACCAUUCUCAGUAGCACAGAUUUCAUUUAAAUUAGCAAUAAGCAUCUAGUGUAAAAUAAUAGCAGUGCAAUCAACUGUAUUGCUGUAUACAACUCUGUAAUUUAUGUAAAAAGAAAAAGCAUAAUGUGUUUUGAUGUUUCUAUAAGCGCAGAUGCUUUCUAUUAAAAAAAAAAACUGAAA